UCCUACGGCACAGCGUCGUUAAACAGAAGCAUUUGGCAGUUAUGAUUUAUCAGCGUUUCUUUCAUCCUCUCCGGUGCAUUAAAAACGGCGAACGUAAGCUUGUGUUUCCUCCUUCGUUUUGACGGAUUAAAAAUAGAAGAUGCGCUGAAUUACAACCCAACGAGUGUUCAUCUUCAUCAAUGUGCGUGAGAUGACAUUGAGGAUACCUUAGCAGGACUGUGAGCUCGGCCAUCAUUGUGCACGAAGAUGCAUCUUUGGAUUUCAUAUGUUUUGCUAAGUGCAAUGUCAGUGUGCAUUGUUGAGAUGUUUGGCAGUUAUGGAGAAAUAUGUCAACGACUGUGUGCCUGUGAGGAGAGAGAGGGCAUUCUCACAGUGAGCUGUGAAAACAGAGGAGUUUCAAGUAUCUCAGACAUAAGCCCAGUGUACUUCUCUCAGUAUCAUCUGCUGCUAACAGGGAACCUUUUGAAAAAGCUAUCUGCUAAUGACUUUGUUGACUACAAAGGACUUACAAUAUUACAUCUGGGAAAUAAUGACAUAUCUGAAGUGGAAGCAGGAGCUUUUAAUGGACUUCAGGGAUUAAAACGAUUGCAUCUCAACAAUAACAAAAUAGAUGCCUUGAAGGAAGAGAUUUUCUUUGGCCUUGAAAGUCUGGAAUAUCUACAAAUUGAUAAUAAUUAUAUCACUCACGUGGCGCCUAAUGCCUUGAGCAGACUUCAACAUCUGGAGGUCCUGAUUCUAAAUGACAACUUAAUAUCUUCUCUGCCUGUGAACAUUUUCCAAUAUGUACCCUUGACUCAUUUAGACUUAAGGGGGAAUCAGCUUAAAGUCCUCCCCUACUCAGGUCUGCUGGAGCACAUGAACAGCGUUGUGGAGUUACAGCUGGAGGAGAAUCCGUGGAACUGUUCGUGUGAGCUCAUUGCUCUUAAAACCUGGCUCGAGAGCAUAUCAUAUUCAGCUUUAGUUGGAGACGUUGUUUGUGAGUUCCCUUUCCGGCUUCAUGGGAGAGAUCUCGAUGAAGUUUCAAAACAGGAGUUGUGCCCGAGGAGAGCCAUUGCUGAAUAUGAGAUGCCCCAGCUGCCACAUUUGAGCACCGAUGCAUACUAUAGGACCUCACCAGCUCUACUCCCAGCCUCCUUCACAUCAUCUGCAAUUGCACGAUCCUCAUCAAGACCCACUAAGGGACCCCGCCAGUCAAGAAAAUUAAAAUCAAGGCCCACUGCUCGGAUCUCAUCAAACAAACCACAAAAUUAUGGGCAAAUUAUUUCAUAUCAAACCAAAUCCCCUGUGCCUUUAGAUUGCCCAACUGCCUGCACAUGUAACCUUCAAAUAUCAGACCUUGGCCUGAAUGUGAACUGCCAAGAGCGAAAAAUUGAGUCCAUCUCCGACUUAAAUCCCAAACCUUACAAUCCCAAAAAGAUGUAUCUAACUGGGAAUUUUAUCCCUGUGGUGCGUCGAUCAGAUUUUAUUGAGGCGACUGGAUUAGAUUUGCUUCACCUGGGUAACAAUCGAAUAUCUCGCAUACAUGACCGAGCUUUUGGCGAUUUGACACAUCUAAGAAGACUAUACCUUAAUGGGAAUGUGAUUGACCAUCUUACAGCUAACAUGUUUUAUGGCCUGGAGACUUUACAGUUCUUAUACUUGGAAUACAAUAUCAUUAAAGAGGUGACUUCUGACACCUUUCAGCAUGUUCCCAAACUUCAGCUUCUUUUUCUGAACAAUAACCUCUUGAAAACUUUACCAGUCGGAACAUUAAACGGCCUCACAUUGGCCAGACUGAAUUUUCGGAGCAACCAUCUCCGAUACCUGCCGGUCAGCGGCGUGCUAGAUCAGCUAACAGCACUGGUGCAGGUAGAUUUGUUUGAGAAUCCCUGGGAUUGCUCUUGUAGCAUACUGGAGUUGAAGAUGUGGCUGGAGCAGCUUAGCACAGGCACGGUUGUAAACAAUGUCAUCUGUGGAUCGCCUAAGAAGCUAGCUGGGGAGGAUAUGAGAUACAUUAAGACAACAAAUUUCUGCCCUAAUAACUCUGAUAUACUUGCCUCCAUGAUCCCACCCUCGGAAGAAUCUUUUCCUGGCAGCACUAUCACCAUAGAAACAUCCUUGGAUUAUGACACACAAUACAGCGCCAUUCCUUUAUCUGUGAUGAUUCUAGCCCUUCUCCUCAUCUUCAUUGUGUCUGUGUUUGUGGCUGCAGGAUUAUUCGUGGUAAUGAAAAAGAGACAUCAAAAGUGUCAAAUAGAGCAUAAUAACUCCAUGAAUGCUUGCAUUAGCUCUCUCAACAUUGAAUACGGCCUCUACAAAAAGGGAUCCAUUCCCAAAGUCAGAACAUCUGCAGGACAUGUAUAUGAGUUCAUCCCGCCUCCCGCAGAACCCACAUGCAGAACUACUGCCCAAACCCCGACGGACAGCAAAUCAGUGGAUGGAUUUAGAGACUUUGACGAGUUGAGCAAUGCUUUUCUGGGUAACUCGGAUGAAGAGGCAGCCAGUAAUGUAAUAAGCUUGGAAUACAGUGCCACCACUCCAGAGCCUCUUAACAAGCCCUCCACCCCUCACCGAGAUGAUCAUGAGUGUUACUACAGAGAUGUACUUGAACCUGACAAGCACACACGCUACAGCAAUACGUUGCCAUGCAGGCAUGCGGCACGCUCUUCAAGUCUGUAUACCUCAGACUUUGAUGCAAGGAAUCAAUACGUGCAGCCAGACAGAAUACAACAGACAAUACUGUAUUGUGCAGCACCAAGUACUGUGUAUGUGGAGCCCAACAGGAGUGAGUACUGGGAACUGAAAGCAAAGCUUCAUAUUGAUCCAGACUACCUUGAAGUUCUGGAGAAGCGAACAACAUUUUCACAGUUUUGAGAGACCUGACACCUGGGCGGUCACAUCGGAUGCAUUGUUGCAAUGUUUCUAUUUUUAUCAGGAAUCAGACCCUGUUUGAAAAACAGGCAGAACCAUUUCAUGACAUUUAUAAGUACAAUGCAGUGUGAGCUACACUAUAUGAAUUUCUGGACAUUGUGUGUUACAGGAUUGAGUAACAAAGUGGGACACUUAUCAGUUUAAAGUAACCCUUAACCCCUGUGGUAUUCAACAGUUUGAUUUACAUUUGUAAAUAUCAACCAGAAAUGAUUGGGUUGUAUGACUCAUCCCUACCUAAAAUACAUCCUAGAGCUGUUUCAUUGACCAUAAUGUGAGACCGAGCUUUUUUCUCUCAAAUUAGCUGCAUUAUGAUGUCAAUGAAGUGUGCAGAUAUGUUCUUAUCCCAAAAUAACCUAGAUUUGUUUAACAGUUAUACCCAUGGCUACACAAUCAAACAAAUCAAAUUCAUUUUAAUAGGAAAUGUAUCUGUAAACAUUAAUUUGACCUACGUGUGUAGCUGUAAAAGACGCAUCUGUUUUAUACCCUGAAAUUGUGCUCCAGUAAAAGAUAUAGUCACACAUUAGGGAGGCAGUUUUUACUCCCGCUUGCACAGCUCUGGGAUGAUAAUAUUAAGUGCAUGAGAUCAUAAAAGUAAUUACAAUUUAAUAUCUCACAGAUUAUGAGACCAGUCUAUGCUCUCUUGUUGCAGAUUUGUAAGAGAUUAAUUAAUAUUUCCUAAAAAUACACUGAACAACCCUAAUCUGUGAUGAGAGCCUCCCCAUCUCCAAACCAACUACAAUUGUGGAUUAUGGACACGUGUUGCUCUUGUAUUGAGUUACAUAUCAAUGCAUUGUUUUACUCAGAAAUGUUGCAACUAAAAGAUUAUAAUCAAAGUUGUAUUCAGAUGUACUGUAACUGAAGUGGGAGCUUUAAAGGUCUAUAUCAUUUGUCACAAACAUGUAUGCUCUUGCAAACAUACAGCUUGAAAACAUACUUGUUGAGAAUGUAAUGUGUCUUUAUUUAUUCGUACCAGAACCAAAGCAAAAAAAAUCGUCACUUAGCAUAUGCGAAGUUUGACACUCAGAAUACUAAAUUCCUGUGUUUUAUUGUAAACUGACAACCUUUUGUUAUGUCUGAAUACACUUACAAAAGCUAUCUUCCAGUUGCAACAUAUUUGAGUAGAUUUUCAAUACAAUAUGAGUAUCUUCCUGCUCCUGUCGAAAAUUCAACUGAAAAUGUUUCAACAUAUUUUAAAUGAUUGCACAUUUUUGUACAAAGGGAUAUUUAUUUGUCUUCAUUUCAUUGUAUUUUAAAAAACUGCACUAUUAACUUCUACAGGUUAACAAUGAUGUCACUUUAUAAAAUGUACAAUAUGGUAACAUGUGCGUACUGUAUAGCCAUAGAAGUAGGUAUGAUAGCUGUGUAGGUAAAAGUACUACAUGUUAAAUCAUUAUGCACUAUGCAUAGCUAUGGAGUUAACUCAGACAAUCUUUACAAAAUGCAAACAGCCCAUCCUCUCAGUUGCUCAUGAUAUUAAAGCAUAUUAUCAAAUGUCAUACAUCUUUAUUUAAAAGGGAAAACUCAGAAACUCCUCAGAAUAUUCACAUUUUGGAUAAUAGUUUUUUUCUAAGAAUUCAUUAAUGUUUAAUUUAAUGUGUUUAAAGCAACAUGCUGAGAGGAUGUGUGUGUAUUGCAUCACAAUGAAAAACACACAUUAUUUGGCAUUGUUUCAAUUGUGUGCUUGGUUGCAUGAAAUCUGGCAAUUUGACUGCAAUUAGCUCUCGUUAUGUCUCUUUUAAGAAGGGAUUGAUGGUGUGUGUAACAAAUUCAUAAAGGUCUUCAAGAGCUAAUAGAUUGAGAAGCACACGGAAUGAAUGCUUGAAUGGAUAGAGGUGUCUUUAUGCAAAGCACAUCAUCCAGUCCUAAUGCAGUCAAACACAUUUCUGGGUCAAUAGUGUAAGCACAGAAAUGUGUCUUUCCCUAACAGUUUAAUACACAGUGUACAUUCACCUCAUACUGUAUGCAGUAUUAUGCCCUAAACCUGUCAUCUUUACUUAGCUAGUUAGAGGACAUGUGUAUCUGGACUGUGUCUGCAUGUCACCAUGUAUUACACUGCAGCAUUUGUCAUGCUGUUUAUCAAGUAUACAGUGUUGCCUUUCACAAGUCCACAGUCAUUUUGUGAUUAUUUCGUAAUUUGAUCUGUGUCUGCUAUGAGAACAUUUAUUGGAAUUAAAAUGAAGUCAACACAGUGCAGCAUGAUGUUAACCUGCACAGAUUUGUACUACAUGUAGGAUAUCUUUAAAUCAAUAUAUUGGUGUAAAGUUAGUGGUGAAAACACUGUAAACCUGCACAGAAAGUUACACACACAAUGUUUGUAUUGUGAGCGGUGUCCAACAUUUAGUUAAUUGUUUUAUUUCUUUAAACAAUUGCUUUUUUAUAACUGUGUGGUACAUUUUUUGCAACAAAAUGAAUGCACAGAUGACAAAAUAGAACAACACAAAUACUAAUAACUUAAUUUUCCAGGGUUGAUGUAGGAAAAUCCAAUAUCUUUAACAUUUUGUUUGUCAUGAUGUUUCUUUCAAUCUGUAUGAAUCUUGAGAAAGCAGCUGUGUAAUGGAACACAGUAUUUACUGUAUAUAACAGACAUUUGAUAUAUGUUUUGCUCUUUCAGAUUUUGUUAUCAAUGACCAAAUGCCGAUAUCUGUCACAUGUGAGACUGCACAUACUAAUAAUCCAAAAAUAUGUUGAAUUGAAAUGUGACUGUCCUGUGUAUGUGAACAAAUGUUUAAUUUGCAAAAAAUAAGAGAUCCAGACAGUGUCUUAUUUGACCCCAACUUUUUUAUGUUUGGUUUUUUUUUUUUUCAUACGAAACACUGCUUUUUUCUAUGUCAACCUCAGAUCUGUAUAUAGAACACUUCAUCAGCAUUUCCAUGCAAACUUAAAUUAGAUCUGAAAAGCAAGAAUCUGGUCUCUUACUGCAAAAAAACACAGUACAACUAGGAUUAUGUGGGGUAAAUAUAUCUACAUUGUGCUGUUUCUUUAGUUGUUAGCUGAUGAAUAAAAUAUAUGCAUUCAUUUGUUAUACCCUGGUUUCUGUGUUCCCUUCACCCUCUAAACAAAUGGUGUGUGAAGUAAAUGUCAUAGUGUACAGAGAGGACAGCUUUGAAAAUGUUGCAAAGAAAAACAUUGGCCUUUACUACAAUUAUAAUAUACAACUCAAAUGUUCAGAUCAAGCCAUUGUCACGGUUUCAAAUAGGCAAAUGGGAUAUAUCAAAAAUGUGUGUGUUGCAUAAUCAAAGUUGAAGUGGCAUAGAUCGUACUGUGGUGUCUUAGCUUCACUCAGAACCACCAUGUUGACUAAGAACUCAAACGAUCAAUUCUCUCAUGUAUAAAUGAAAUGAAUAUCUGAUGCCUAAGCGUUCAAACAGACACGCAAAUAACAUUAGCAGAACAGGCCCAGGGCAGUGUUACAAACAGUACUUUUCAAAAUAUGAGUAUCUUGUACUCUUUAGAUUCUAAAUGUUUGUUCUCAAGCAUCUCAAAACAACAAAAUAUGUUUUGUAGUGUUA